CGUACGUUGCGUUAUCUAUAGUUGCGAUCCCUACCAGACCUUCGUGACCAUCUUACACCGUGCGCUCGUCUAAAUAUUAGCAGCAACACCGCCAUCGUGCGCAUCGGAUCAGAUCAAAUCGACAUCGCCAUCAGUGGAAACUGCAAGCAGUCGAGAGAAGCGCAAGGAGGGACAUCUCAGCAUCAAUAUUGAACGUCAGCUACGAGUGCGAAAAAACUUCGAGCACGAGGACGUUGAGAUCGCCAAACAGAACCCGCGGCGGCGGACGAUGGGUGGCCUGACGGCGCAGCACUUCUGCCUGAAGUGGAACCAGCAUCACGGCAGCUUGGUGUCGGUGUACGAGGAGCUGCGUAGCCGCGACGCGUUUGUUGACGUGACGCUCGUCUGCGAGGAAGGCGUCAGCAUGAAGGCGCACAAGCUGGUGCUGGCAGCGUGCAGCCCCUUCUUCGAGGCGCUGUUCGAACGCAACCCGUGCGCGCACCCGGUGGUCAUCAUGAGCCAGACGCGCGAGGCCGACCUGCGCACCCUGCUCGAGUUCAUGUACCGGGGCGAAGUGAACGUCGCGCAGGACCAUCUGCCGGCGCUGCUGCGUACGGCCGAGCUUCUCCAGGUACGCGGCUUAGCCGAGGUGGCCGGCGAGAACCCCUGCUCGGACGAAGGAGGGCACCCGUCGCAGGCGCAGCAGCCGGCGUCCAGCGGCGUCAGGGGUUCGGCCGCCCGGCUGCCCAAGCGCAAGCAGCGGACGCCGCCGCCGCCACCGUUGCAACAGCCCGCGGCACCGCGACACCACGACGAGCCGAGCGAGCCGCUGACUGCCGAGAGACCAGAGAGCCCCGAGCCGGCAGCCGCGGCGCCCAAGGCGCGACCGGCAGCCAAGCCGCCGGCACCCGCGAGCCGGCGCACUUUCGACCACUCGUACUCGGACGACAAGACCAACUGGGUGCCCGCCGUGGCCGUUCACCACCACCAACAUCAGCGAGAGCCGCAGCCCCUGCUGCUGCCUCCGGCGGUCCCGCCGGACGGCGGCACGGCCGCCGCAGCGGACGACCGCCCGCCCGUGUGCAGUGUGUGCUCGCGCGUGUUCUCGACCAAGGGUAACUUGAAGCGGCACAUGCUCAUGCACCGGCCCUACCGGCACAAACACCAGUGCACGCUGUGCCUCAAGACGUUCAGCUGGCCCGGGGACCUGCGCACGCACCUGCGCGUCACGCACGGUCAGGGCCGCCUCAAGCCGCGCCAAAUGGCCUUCCUGUUCACUUAGCCAACUCGCUGUGUGUGACAGUGCUGCUUCGGUGUGCGACGCCGUUCCGAACAGAGCGGGCCGAUGCCCGGCACAGCGUUGUGCGUCGAGGCCGCCCUUCCACUGCCUCGGUGGCGUGGUGCUUAUCCACGGAUCGAGCACGACUGUGUUCACGAGCAGUGACUGCGGAUGGGUACCCAGUCACUGCUCUCGCCGCUCGAUGCCACAGUCCGAAAUUCUCGGUGAAUCACUUUUGGGAAUAGUCUUGCGCAACGCGACAUCCAGUGAGUCACCGCCGAUCAACUCGCUCUGGAGUGAUCAAACUAGAAUACAAUCCCGGGUUUUCAUAGAUCAAGUUUCCACUCCAACACUCUCAGCUGGAGGCUGUGCAGGUGCCGAGCCACAAAACGUAGCUUUGUGGCUCGACCUCCACAAGAAAAGAAUAGCAUGAUGUUCCCUAACCCAUUCUCAGCACAAAAGAUGCAACUCUUUCAGUGUUUGGCAAAUCAGACUUAUGAGAUUAAGCUGUGUGCGACAAUGCAACUGUGCAUGUUCUCUAUGUAAAAUUUUGAAGGAGUACUGACAAAAAAAUGUUUGUCUGGUUUAAUAAAGCAAGAAAUGCUUUAUUAUACUCUACAGAUGUCCCGUAAUAACAGCAUGAGACUUCAAUUCCUCAGGCAUGUACCAAAUUCCGAACUAUACCAUCAUUUAAGUGACAACUUCAAAACGUGAACUAAAUGGAGCAUGGCUGCAGGUGCGAUGACUGGGGCUCCUCAGAAAACCAAAAGUGCUGGUUGGGAGUGGUGGAAAGUGGGAGUGACAAAUGUGGAAGAGCGCCAAGUGAAAGAAGAAAAAAAUGCUGGACGUGGUGCUUGCCCUGCUUUGGCGACGCAGCCACCAUAGUAUGGCUUGCAACCACACACCAGGCUGACUGACGCAUGCAUCAGCGGUUUUUGAUACCGUGUUUCCAUUACCUCCAAUUCUUGUGAUUCGAGGCCUUUGUCAACACACCCAGUGCCAUUAAGUUUCACUCCUUUUGGCACGCGUUUUCAGCAAGUCACUUUACUAGGCGAUAUGAGUAACAAUUUGGUGCACGUUCAAGGAAUUCCGGUAGCAUACUGUUUUUACCUAUCUACAGCAAAAUACAAAAUUUAUGUGCGAAUAGUUCUUUAAGAAUUAGUGCCAGAAACACUCAAGCAGGUCAUAGCGAGCGCAGUAGGUACCACCGCUGCCUAGGUGAUGGGAGACGCGAUUAUUUUCUAUCGAUGGAGGCUGCUGUAGGAGUCAUUCCUUCCGAGCACAUCUUGCAUCAUGGCCAGCCUGCUGCUGCCCAGACUUCUUGUGUGAUCCAACACAGACUGCUGCUGCAAGCACUUACACAUGUGUGACAACACGGUACACAUUUGCACUGCAACAGGACUAGUGGCAAGACAUGCCUGGUGCAAAGCGGGUUUGCAGAGAAGCAAUGGCUGCAAAAAGCGCAAUGUCAGGGUGUGCUGACAUGGCAGGCCAGCAGUGGCUAGCCUGCCAUUGUCUCAGCUGCACUGGAUAGUGUUUCAGAGCAGCAGCCAUGACCUUAUCACUCCUCUGCUCUAGGAAGGGGUGACAGACAAUGUACAGCAACCUGCAGUUUUAUUCUAACAUAAAAAAAAAAAGACUUAGCACUUAAUAUUGCUGCCACUGCUUUCACUCAGAUUUUCAACAUAUAUUGGUCUGCAUUGCGAUAACACAUUGGGCAUAGUCACAUCUGGUCUUUGCAAAGGCAGUCCACGUUUCGACCACAAACUCACUUCUUUGAAGGCAGGGUGCACGUUUGAUGUUGGUUUUAAGUUUUCCCCCACAAAGCAGGCAAGCAGAAAUGGUGAAUCCUUUACUGAAUCGUGCAGGCCAAAAAAUGCAAACUUGUUCUGAUAUUUAAAUGAAAAUAAAGCACUGGUAAGCACAAAGUCCUCAUUAAUAGUUGCUAGCAUAAAAACAAAGUUUCAACGCUGCUUUGUGAGUGAUAAGACAUGCUGCUGGGCUACCGUGGUACGCUUGGCUACAAAGGCCAGCAAUUGUUAAAGCCAUACAGGGGGAGGGUGGAGGUAUUCUGUAGGAGUCCACCUAGCGGACUGUCCAUUUCGGCCGCUGCUGAUUGGCAGGGGCUGCUCGUCUCCUCCUCUCUUGUACUGCUGCAUCCAAUCAGCAGCGGCCGAAAUGGACAGUCCACUAGGUGGGCUCUUACAGAAUACCCCUCUGCCCCCAGAUGUUGCAUUACUUGACCCAGUGGUGUGUACAGUAAAACAGGUGGUGGCUUUUAAUCUUCUAGCAAAAGUACACGCACUCGCUUAAAGGAAGGAACCCAUUUGUGAUUCAGACGCAUUUAAUUAAUGUGUGCAUUAGAAAGUUCGCAAUGCCUAGUCUGGACUGCAGUCCUCAAUUUCAAGUUACAAUCAUAGGCAAAGAAAAAAAUUCGCUCUAUUCCAGAAUCCCUGUUCAGUGUAUACAUUUGGUCAGGGUGGAACCUGCACAGGUUAGAAUGGCUGCUGACAAAUGAGCUCUCAGUCUUGUACCAUUCAUAACAAGGAAGUUACGUACUACAAGUUACGUACUACAAAUUGUGGUCAGCUACAUCAGUAGCACAUAUUAUUAGUUUGCAGAAUGCUUCGGUGCACUAAAAUGAAGUACAACAAUUAGGGAUUAGGAUGGCGACGUAAAGUAUGAGUCCUGCUUCUCCUGCGGCCUGAACUGCCUACGAGAUUUUCCUUAAACCAACUAGCCCAACUUCAUGCUCCUGCCAUUCACAAUGUAACCCGCUGCCGGAAGUUCUAUGCAGCCAAUGCUAAAUAUUUGAGGUAGGGCGCCGUUGGUGUUUUUCGUGGAACCACAGAGAAAAAGUGGAGAUGAAUCGGGAGUAGUUAAAAUUGGAGGUGUGCAAAUGUUUCAUGCUUUCUAAUAACAACCUCAAUAUUGUCCUAUUCGCUUAGGUCCUUAAAUACUUGCUAUUCAAGAACCUUAAUAUUUUUUUUUAAUACUUUACAUGACCGACUGUACAUGAUCAAACAUUAAUUGAAGCAAAAAUGCAAUAGCUUUCAUCCCAUCCACAACAGACACAUAUUAGAGCAUGCUGCAUCCUCAGACAGGCAGAUUUUUUCCGCUAAGCACAAUUCCUUGCAUUAAAACAUGUAGACACGGCAUUCAUAAGUGGGUAUUGUUUGGUGCUAUUUAUAGACACAGCACCUGUGUCUUCUCAUCGAAUUAAGACAGAAUACGUUUUAUUGCAGCAUACUUUGUACAAUAGUGGCACUAUCUGCCGCGGCCAUUUGAACAAGACAAAACAUGCUUUUUCUUUCAUUCUGCUAUCGCUGCAGACGGCACGCAUUGAUGGUUUGGUCGCAAAGGUGUACGCAGAUAUUAGCAGGCCUGUAAGGUUACUUUUCUGAUAACGAUAAUGGUUUUAUGAUAAUGCAUGACUGUAAGCUGUGAAGAGCCCAAAGUUCAUGAACAAUCUGCUUAGUUGUUCCCGACGCUCCCUUUGUACUUUUAAUAAAGCAUGCUUUAUAAUGUCCGGUGUAAUGGCAGCAACUUUAUAAUGUUAUGAAUACUAGGAUGGAAAAAUUGUUUGAUAUUAGAGGUGCAAAGUACAGCCAACAGCAAAAGUUUACGGGAUGCGGUUUCCUCUUCAAAUGUGAAUUCCUGCACUGUUAAGGCAUGACACUUCGUAUUUAAUGAAUCACUGUGUAGGUGGCGAAGGCUACUACAUGCUGGAACAUUUUAUUCAGUGCUGUGUGACCACGCUUCGCGAGAAUUCAGCUUGGCAGAUCCUGUGUCCCGUAAACUUUUGCGGUUGACUGUACAUUAUCCACGAAUUAUUAUUCUAUUCGUUUCUGGCACUAUUCAUAUUCAAAUUGGUCUCAAGAAACUGCUAUUUGUACUCCCCUAGCCGAAACAAAUGAACGCAGUACAGUUUUCACCUGGGAAGGUUCAUCUCAUUGAAGGUAGCAUUCAAGGCUUAGAAGAGCUCAGAGUGAUGUUGUUGACAACAUGACUAUACACAUCCGGCUUACAAUAGCUACUAAGGGCAGUUAUAGUGAGGAUAGCACUGUGCUACCAUGAGUAGUUGGUAGGCGAUUGCCUCUGUGAUAUGCUAUGCUGCUGGGAAUCUAGCAGUAAAUGUGGCCCAUUCAUUCAUUCAAUAGAUUGUUUGUGCAUGCAGAAAACUCUGUACUUGUGUUCUGCACGACUACAUUGUUCAAGAUGCAGCGUAAAAUGCAGGAACAUUGUGCUACUGGAAUACAAUGCAUGUGAGUCUAAGGGCUUUGCGCUAUGACCGUGUGGCCAGGAAGAUGCAACGCAUAGUCAACAGGGUUCUUCUGUGCAUGGAAUGCCAGGCAAAGAACUGAUUUACUGUUGUGGCUUCUCAAUGUCGACAAGAAAACGAACAAAACCAAACGUCUUGAUGGCAAGCCACAAUUAUUUCAAGUAGGGUGGUUUGCUGGGUAAGCUAGUGCGUAGCGAAGGCACGAUUGUCCGAGCACGGUGAAUAAGACACGAACACAAGCAGGAGGAGGACAUGGAACAAACAGUUCAAAGAAUGUAUUCCUCAUCAUUUUCAGACAUUGCCUGGUGCUUAGAUCAUGCAGUCACGAUCGUCGUAUCUAAGAAAUGUUACAACCAUGUAAGCCACAAAUACAGCAUGAAUUUCUAGCAAAAGCGGCUGAUCUCAUCAUCACCUGAGCUGGUAAAUCACGACAGCAGAUUCAGCUUUAGAGUUGCAGGUUGAGAGGCAAUAACAUCUGGAAGGAUGUGCUACGUGCAUGCACAGUCUGGUCACUGAGCUGUGUUUCAUUUGUAUGCUUUAAAGAAGCCCACGUACAUACUAUCACUUGUUUUGCGCCACUCCUGCUUGUCUCAACUUUUUCUAUUCCACACGUGCUCACUGUUCCUAGACGUCCUUCAUGCACACACUGGUGUCACUUCGGUAUAAGCAUGGAUGCUUGGUUGUCAACUCCGCGACAUGUAACAAAAGCAAAGAAAAAAAGAAGGGCCUGGUGGCCCUUGUGAUGUCAUUUUCUUGCGUAAGUGCUUGACUUCAAUAAGAGAAAAGGAAUGGGAAAAGUGUUGCCUACGGGAGAGAAUGUCUGUGCAGUGGGAAUCGCUCUUGCCUCAGGCCAGCAUUGUCAUAAGUGGCAUAGCCAGGGAGGGGGGCACACCAGGCACAUGCCUCCCUCCCUGAAAUAAAUGUCUUGCUAGGUCACUGACUGUCUUGCAAAAUUUCAUAUCUCUUUGUAUUUCUAUUACUACUGUACUGAAUGCUUUUGAAGACUAAAUUCCCAGAGGAGAAUGCUUCUUGCCGUGUUUACAAUAUCCAGUACAUGAUAAGGGGACACUUGGACAACAGGAAAGGACACUGGGGAAGAUGCUUAGGAACUUACAAGGAGGGAUGGAAUGAAAAGAACUAUGUGGCUAACAAUUCAGAGAACUAUCUUCUUAUCUGGUAAUAUCAAGUACACAGAUAGCUGGCAGUUUUGAGACCAAGAGGAAUACAGUCGAAUUCCUUUAUAUGAAGUGCUUGGGGCCUCCAAAAUCAUUUGUUAUACACAUCACUUCGUUGUAAAGGUCAUGCACCACACAAUAAAACCGGGGCAGAACUAUUCCUUCUUUACCUAGGUCAUCUCGUUGAAGAGGCGCUCGACUGUAAAUAGAAGCGGCCAGGUCUGUAGGGAAUAGAUGGUGGUCUAUUGGAGUAGCAGAAUGGGUGUCGCGCGAAGGUUAAGUCAGCGGCAGUAGACGAUUAGAUGGAGUUCAGGAAAUUUGCAGGCAUAGAAUGAAGUGAGCUAACACAAGAGUGGGGCAGCAGAAGGUCACUGGGGGAAAGGCUUUUGUGGUGCACUGGACAUAAAUUAAGGUGAUGCCAAAUACAACAUCCACAUGGGCCAGGAGAGUAAAAUAUUAGGUAGAUGGAAGAUUAUACAUUUGCCAAUAGAGGCAAUGUUUACAAAAAGCGAAGGCUUAGUGCCAAAAACUACGUAAAAACAAGACAGAUGACACCACCACCUUGGGAUGCUUGCACCACAACUGUAUUCUUGACCAAUUAUUUUUAGAGCGGUUUCAUGAUGCAGUAUUAUGCCUUACUAAAGUGCUGGACAAUCUAUACAUGUGCUUGGAAUUAAGCAGCAUGAAAUUAGUGAUGGGUAGUCUGCCAUUUUUUUGAUCACAUUUGCUGCUUUGGUUCAUUGUGCUCUAAAAGGGAUAUAUACGUGAAACUGAUUAUCAAUGAUACAUCCAUGAUGACUAGAAAUGUAUCAAAGGCUAGUUAAACUCUCAAGAAAAAAAAUGAUUGUGCUGCACAUACAACUUGACUCAGACACGUAUGUCUUGUUGCACAGGGACCAAAAUGCAGCAACAGCCACAUACUUCAAGGGACGUGCUACUUUGAUUCUCUCUGCCUAUAGGUCACCUGCCUCUAUGGAGAAAUGCAUAAUGGGUUCUGGAGAGAUUCAUCUGUUGCAUGUCUAGACAAAGGUAGCCAUUUCCCUUUGGUGUUCCUUUAACCAGACUGCUGUUCCAGCAAUGGGUGCAGUAUGUAGGAAGUAGUGACAUCCAUGCACUGUUUUCGAUAAAAUCUUUGACAAGUGCUAUGGCCUAGGCAGCACAUGGACACCUUCUCCAUUGUCAGCACCUGUGCAACUUGUGCUCUAGUUACCCUAACCAUGGUUAUGACUACAGUUAAACUCCCAUCGAAAUCCUAACUGUAGUUAUUUAAAUAACUACAGUAACUUUACAUUCAAGCGUGGUUUAGCUUAUCACCUAACAAUGAAUUACAGCAGCAGGCUGUAAUUGAAGUUCAACCCAACCAUGGUUAUUGUAUCCAUGAAACUGGUACUAGUGGAGGAAGUACCUUGGAAGGGCCAGAGAUUGGUCUAGUUCAUGUGCUUUGAAAAACCCGAGCAAGCAAAGUACCCUUCAUUUUGUCUUCACUUGUGUUGUGUUGUGUUAUGCCAGCUCAGGCUUUUCGAAAAGAAGUUCCGUGUACAAAGAAAGGCAGGCUUGACAAGAUUACCUUCAGCUACACUGGCCACAAUGAAAUGUCUACCAAAUGAACAAUAUGGAGCAAUGCAUCUUUGUGUCAUGUUCAGAGUGCCAUCAAAUCCAAGAAAGGCAGAUGUGGCCUAUGUUCAGAGCCUCUGUAUGUUUCUGUAAGCACCAACAGUGUAUUCCUGAAAGGAGCUUUGUUUCAGAUAGCCUAGCUGGACACGGCAUCCAGGCACCCAAGGACAGCAAUGACCACUACAACCACAGCCUUUCAGCCACAUUUGCAGAUUGAGCAGUGUUCGCGGGGCAGAUAAUGUGACUUCACAAUGGAACAAUCCAAUGUUUGCAGCGAUGUGCAGUGCACAGGUGGGCACAAAUCACUUCAGGCAAAGCAUUCUACUAAUGCACAGAUAUGUUACAAUUGUUCCUGCUCCGCCUGUGAUAAACAUGUACAACCACUGCCAGGCAUUUCGCGCACCUUGUGAUCAUGUGACAGAAAAUUGUACUGGUGGCCAGUUGAGAGCCGAGGUGCACAUGUUUUGUGCUAUUAGAUGGCAUCUAGCAACAGAGAAUGAGUUGCCACUAUAGAAAAUGCUGCGUCUGCUAUUCACACUGAUGGUCCAGUUUCAGCAUUGUAUUUUUCACACCUGAAAGAAAAGGCAAAGGAUAAAGAGGCCGGUAGACCUGCAACCUUGGCCAUUCACGCUGAUUUACUCGCAUCCUGGGUGUGCAAGUACUGUGUAGCUCUGUGCCCAGUGUCGAACUUCUGGUGUGCAUGCCGAAUGAAGCAAGGUGUAUGUGAAGUAGUCUGAUGGUGUUUCUGGAGAUCUUGCAUAUAUGUAUGUAUUUAAAUCCUGCCAUGCAACAAUGUGAUAUUCUUCUGUA